CCGUUCAGAAUUUGUAACUUGGCAUCCCUGGUACUUCAUUUCAUGCUGUCAUAAAAAGGACAUUGGAUUUAGUUUUUAAUUAGUUGCUUUGGAGUAUUGGAAGCUUUACGACAUGUUAACUUUAUAUGAGUUAAAAUUUCAUUGCCGAACUUGUUUAAGGAAUUUGAGUCCUUGUGCCACAGGAAACGAUUCCAUUGAAUUUAUAGUAUUUUCGCAAUACACUGAAGUAAAAGAACUAAUUCAAGUUUGUUUGCGAAAUGCCUCGGGCGGUGCUGAAGAUGAGGCGGAUGCUGAAGAUGUGCUAAAUGAAAAUAUGCCUAAUAUGUGCAUAACCUGUUUUCGCAAAUGGUUGGAUUUUGCCAAAUUUCACUUUCAAGUCCUCAAGGAAAACAAUGAGGAGCUGAAAAGAAUUUUAAAAAAAGGACAACUGGACAAAAUAAAUUCUGAUCAUUUUGAACACAGCAACAACAAACCAGAUCAUGAAAGUAUUUGGGAAAUUGAAAAUUGUAACACUUCACCCUUUUACCAAGUAGAUUUAAGAGAAACUCAAGUUGUGCCUAAAGAAUGUGAAACUUCUGCAGAGACCAUCAAGCCAAUAAGUACACUGACAAUACCAGAAAAUGGCAACAACGGCACCAACAACACAGUUAGCCCUAAUACUGUGUCAGAUACUGGAGCAAAUGUCUUACAAAUGAAAUGCAAAUUAUCUAAAACUGAAAAAAUGAUUUCUUCCUUAAGUCUUGAAAAAAUUGACGAAAUAAAAAAUAUCAAAAUUAAAAGAGUACGCUACCGCUGUGACCCAUGCAAGAAAUACUUCUUCGGUCUACAUAAAUAUGAGGGGCAUAUAAAACAAAUCCAUGAAGGUUUGAAAAAAGCAUACCAAUGUAAAUAUUGCAGUAAAUCCUAUCGGUUUUACAAAAACCUUAACGAUCAUGUGACACUGAAUCAUGCCUCAGUUGAUCCUUCACAGUUGCCCGUGGAAAAACAAACAUUUCAAUGUGAUGAAUGUAAUGGGGUAUUUAAAACAAAAGAUACUCUCAAAACACAUCAGAGACUUAAGCAUCAAGCGCCUUCCAAAAGUUGUAUAUGUGAACAAUGUGGAUUUAUAUGCCAUAAUCCGUAUGGGCUCGAAAAACAUAUAAAGAACAAACACUCCGUUGCUGAGAAAAUUAAAUGUCCCCAAUGUUCGAAGACAUUUAAAAAUCCCUAUUACCUUAAAUAUCAUAUACUGAAUGUCCAUAAUACCGCCAAAGUAAAACCCUUUAAAUGUACCACAUGCAGUAUGGAAUUUAGUCGGCUUGCUUUACUCAAUGUCCACAAACGUAGUCAUCUUAAGCCUUCGGAACGCAUAAAAUGUGAUUAUCAAGGAUGUGAUGUACGUUUCCUUUUUAAUGGGGAAAAAGUUCGACACAUGCGUUUAGUUCAUUUGAAAGUUAAGAAGCAUAUUUGUGAUAUAUGCGGUGAAGCUUUUGGAACAGCACCAACAUUAAGACAUCAUCGUUAUAUACACACAGGGGAGAAACCAUUUAUUUGUACUAUAUGUGGUCAAGGAUUUCGGCAACGUUCGGCCAUGAGAACCCAUCAGAAAACUCAUAAACCACCCAAGGUGGAUAUUUCAGUGGAAAUUAUGAACGACGAUAUAACGGACCGUUAUAUUUUGAAUUUGGAGAAUUUUCUCAAAUAAAUGCAUGUAAAAUUAAUCAGAAA